UGGAAAAAGGCUGACUAGAGAGAAGGUGACCAGCUGACUACAGGCAUGCACACUCUGUACCAGCACAUGAGAACAGGUAGGACCCAAACUCUAUAGAGCUGUUUUUCUCUGCCAUAAGCUGUCAUGUCACUUACAGACUGAAGAUGUAGAGCUUAGAAUUACAUGUGUUCCAAUACAGAAAUUAUUAGAUUUUGUGAGAGGUAAGAGCUAUGGGAUUGUUGCUGUUGUAAUUCUGUAAGAAUCCUAACUAAAUCUGACCUCAUUCAAAUAAUUUGUAAGAGUGAUUUAAUUGUUAUGAUAUUAUUUUGAUUGCCAUAUCUUAAAAUGAGUGAUUCCUCACGAAACCAGGACAAAAAAAUACCAUUAUUUUGGGGAUUGUUAUGAAAAUUAAACCAUAGAAUGGUCCUUUGGAGGAAGGAUUGUUUACAUAUAUUUGACAUUUGUAACUAAAAGCAUAAUUGAGGAAUAAUUUAUAAAACUUGCCAUAUGUAUGACAUUUUGGCCUUACCCAGGCCUCCUGUAAGACUCCAUAAUGUUUAAUCUGUAGGUGCUACAAAACAAAAAUGUGUGUCAUAUGAAGCUUUACCGUUUGCUCUGUAAUAUGAGUUGUAUUUUGAUUUCAAUAAUUAUGCUUUUAGAUAGAAAUGUCAAAUAUUUGUCAACAAUCCUCCAAAGGUCCAUUUUAUUGAUUAUAUUUAGUGAAAAUUGGUAUUGGUAUUUUUCUGUCCUGGUUUUGUGAGUAAUCACUCAAAUACUGUAUGUUCUGGAGCUAAAUGUUUCCAUAUCAUUAAAUAGAAGAACAAAGUUUGACUUCUGAAUUUUCUCUUAAAGUAAAACAAUCUUUCAAUUUUCUGUUUGAGUUUUACAUUAUGGCACUUGAUACAAAUGGCCUCUUUUGCCAUCUCACUGUCCUGUUCUCUCAGCAUAGCUUUCACAGAGUUUAACAAACAAAGGGAAAAAAGUAUUUGAUCAGCCGCUGAUUUUGUACAUUUGCCCACUGACAAAGACAUGAUCAGUCUAUAAUUUUAAUGGUAGGUUUAUUUGAACAGUGAGAGACAGAAUAACAACAAAAAAAUCCAGAAAAAUGCAUGUCAAAAAUGUUAUAAAUUGAUUUGCAUUUUAAUGAGGGAAAUAAGUAUUUGACCCCUCUGCAAAACAUGACUUAGUACUUGGUGGCAAAACCCUUGUUGGCAAUCACAGAGGUCAGACGUUUCUUGUAGUUGGCCAUCAGGUUUGCACACAUCUCAGGAGGGAUUUUGUCCCACUCCUCUUUGCAGAUCUUCUCCAAGUCAUUAAGGUUUCGAGGCUGACGUUUGGCAACUCGAACCUUCAGCUCCCACCACAGAUUUUCUAUGGGCUUAAGUUCUGGAGACUGGCUAGGCCAUCCAGGACCUUAAUGUGUUUUUUCUUGAGCCACUCCUUUGUUGACUCGUCGUGUGUUUUGGGUCAUUGUCAUGCUGGAAUACCCAUCCACGACCCAUUUUCAAUGCCCUGGCUGAGGGAAGGAGGUUCUCACCCAAGAUGUGACGGUACAUGGCCCCGUCCAUCGUUUCCUUUGAUGCGGUGAAGUUGUCCUGUCCCCUUAGCAGAAAAACACCCCCAAAGCAUAAUGUUUCCACCUCCAUGUUUGACAGUGGGGAUGGUGUUCUUGGGGUCAUAGGCAGCAUUCCUCCUCCUCCAAACACAGCGAGUUGAGUUGAUGCCAAAGAGCUCGAUCUUGGUCUCAUCUGACUACAACACUUUCACCCAGUUCUCCUCUGAAUCAUUCAGAUGUUCAUUGGCAAACUUCAGACGGCCCUAUAUAUGUGCUUUCUUGAGCAGGGGGACCUUGCGGGCGCUGCAGGAUUUCAGUCCUUCACGGCGUAGUGUGUUAACAAUUGUUUUCUUGGUGACUAUGGUCCCAGCUGCCUUGAGAUCAUUGACAAGAUCCUCCCGUGUAGUUCUGGGCUGAUUCCUCACCGUUCUCAUGAUCAUUGCAACUCCACAAGGUGAGAUCUUGCAUGGCGCCCCAGGCCGAGGGAGAUUGACAGUUAUUUUGUGUUUCUUCCAUUUGCGAAUAAUCGCACCAACUGUUGUCACCUUCUCACCAAGCUGCUUGGCGAUGGUCUUGUAGCCCAUUCCAGCCUUGUGUAGGUCUACAAUCUUGUCCCUGACAUCCUUGGAGAGCUCUAUGGUCUUGGCCAUGGUGGAGAGUUUGGAAUCUGAUUGAUUGAUUGCUUCUCUGGACAGGUGUCUUUUAUACAGGUAACAAGCUGAGAUUAGGAGCACUCCCUUUAAGAGUGUGCUCCUAAUCUCAGCUCGUUACCUGUAUAAAAGACACCUGGGAGCCAGAACUCUUUCUGAUUGAGAGGGGGUCAAAUACUUAUUUCCCUCAUUAAAAUGCAAAUCAAUUUAUAAAAUGUUUGACAUGCGUUUUUCUGGAUUUUUUUCUCUCACUGUUCAAAUAAACCUACCAUUAAAAUGAUAGACUGAUCAUGUCUUUGUCAGUGGGCAAACGUACAAAAUCAGCAGGGGAUCAAAUACUUUUUUCCCUCACUGUAUAUCAUAACUGUGCUUAGGAAUUAACAUUACAGGCAACAAUGGUAGAAAUAUGAAAAUAACCAGGUUAAAAAUCUCAGGUUAUAAGCCUGAAAUUACUGGUGUUAAUGUACAGUAUAUUUUAUUUACUGGGUGCAGGUUUUCUACUCGUUUAGUGCAAGAGGAGCUGUACAGCAUAUGAUUGGGACCUCCGGUAUUUGUUGGAGAUUUUGUCAUUUAAAGUAAAACGUUUGAUAAAACAGGCUUAAUUCGUGAGUGAAGCCAUACCUAUUCAAGAUGGGAUGGGAAACCCCCACCCUUUCAACCAUGCACUAUGCAAUUACCAGAGCUCUAUCAACAGGUUAGAAAGAACACAAAGAGAGAACAUCAAUAAAUAAUAGCAUGCUGGUGAAAUAUCUGCUUAGGCCCUGAAAUGACAACUCACUUCAGAAUUUCAACAGUGCAUUUUAUAAGUCUAAUAAGGAUAAAAAAUAUAUAAAAGAUAUAUCAUAUAUAAAUUAUGUUUAACAUAAUGAUAAGGUAUUGAUGCUUGUUGUCCUAAAACAACCUCAUUCCCCAAAUUGACCCCCAACCUAUCCCUCCCAUGGUCACACUAUGAUCUUUCGUCGAUCAAUUGUCCACCAUGUCAAAGGGCUUUAUACAAAAAAAAAAUGUCCCUAACCGUGCCCCACCUUGCCCCCCUCCCAAAUGUUCCAUUGUCCAGACACACAGGAACAGAUGAACCAGGGUCUAAUCUAGUACUCUUUCUCUGUGCACAGAGAGAACAGACAAUACCAGCUGAAUUAGAGGGGCUGUUGCUUCCCGAAGGCAUCUGAUUUGAGGAGCGGGAUCUGUCCUGACAGGGCUCAACCAGACUUCCUAACCCAAUCAUAUAGUAUUUCAGCCAGCCCAUCACACAAUGACACAUUGCACAAUCUUAGCCCAUAACACACAGGUUGCUUGCAUGGGCCCCUAUUCGAUUCGUCCUGGUAACCUUGACUUUUUUAACAUUGAAAAAAUGAAAUAAUUUGUUUUUACAUUGUACAGGUGUGAAAUGCUGUGCAGUAAGGAAAAGUUUUUGACCGAUUUGACUGUAUAAAGUCCAAUAUCAUACAACCCUCAGAAAAUCUAUCAUUUCAAAACGUUUAAGGUUUGGAGUCAAUAAGGUGGACUGCCAAUGAACAAAACGGUGCCUGGGUGUUUUUAUGUAAAAAAAAAAAUAAACAAAGCUACAUUGUUACAAUGACAAAAAUUGUCUGAAGCAAACACAGAAUAGAACAGCCAGGGUAUAAAUAGAACUGUUGUAUGUUGUUUUUGAAAUGCAAUAUUUUUACUCUGUUGUUUAUCUCUCCUAGUUGAGGUGGCACCAUGGAGCAAUCCCUGGCGCCUGGCCUGUCUACUGGGCAUUUUCAGCUUCCUGGGGUCGGUCACACCCCUCCAUGUGGCUCCUGUGACGACGGGCCUCCGCUCCGCCUUCUCGGCGACGCGGACCAAUAGCAUCCUGGGAGGCACCCAGAAGGCUGUGACCUUCAACAAGCUCCUGGUCAACACAGGAAGUGAUUUCAACUCAGACACAGGCCACUUCCGCUGCAGAAUCUCUGGGGCCUAUUACUUCUCUUUCACGUUGGGGAAAUAUCCCAAGAAGAUGCUGUCUGUCAUACUGGUGAAGAAUGGGCAGGAGGUGCAGGCUAUAGCCUACGACGAUUACAAACAGAAAGGGAGGAAGGUCCAGAGUCAAAGUGUCAUGAUCAGCCUGAGGGCCAUGGACACAGUGUGGCUGAUGCUGCAGGACAGUCCUCAGUAUGCUCUAUACAGCAACGCUGGCCCUUACAUCACCUUCACUGGUUACCUGGUGUACCCCGACAUCUCCGCCACUGGCUAUCUCAACAACCACCUAUCCCUGCCAGGGCAGCCCUACCCCAACUCCAACUGCCCCCCUCCUGGAGACCACAGGUACGGCUGGAGCGGUAGUGCUGAGGCCCCUGUGGAGCCUCGCUCUGCCUUCUCCGUGGCCAGGACAUCCCCGGUCCUGGGGGAGAAUGGUGGCGGGCACCAGGAGAAGGAGCCUCUGACCUUUGACGUGGAGUACGUCAACAUCGGAGGGCACUUUAACAAGACGUCGGGCCGCUUCACAUGCCGCUACCCUGGGGCCUACUACUUUGCCUUCACGGUGGGGAAGCACCCACGUAGGGCAGUGUCAGUCAAGCUGAUGACGGGCCAUGGCGAGGUGCAGGCCAUGGUGUUUGACGAGGACACGUCCAGGAGGAGGGAGAUGCAGAGCCAGAGUUUGCUGCUGUCGCUGCAUAGGGGGGACAACGUGUGGCUCUACAGCCAGCAGGACGAGCGCUACGCCGUCUACAGCAACCAGGGACGCUACACCACCUUCUCAGGCUUCCUGGUCUACCCAGACGCUGAGCCCACCACCACCACCAGCCAGGACCUUGACAAAACUCACUUCUGAGGGUUCUGAGUUCUUCAAAACACACUGGACCCUCCUUGAAAUGUACAUGGUGCUAUGGUUACAAAAUCAAACUUGUGAAAGUGUGAAUGUCAGUGCUAAGUUACACUAUGCUUCAUAGGCUUUGUGUAGAACCGCUGUAGUCAGCUUCUGGGUGUGGAUGGAACAACAACAGCAGCAAACUCUGAAAAAUGGGGCAGAGAUGUACAUAUAUUAUACACAUCUUAUACACAGAUACACAUUUGUUUGCCCUUCUAUAUUGAUUCCAUAGCCAUUUCCUUCAAAGUAUUAAAUCAUUCUACAAGAUGGAGCUGUGAGUUAACAUUAUCACACAUAAUCAUGUAAUGUUUCUCUUUAUUACCACAUUUUCAGUGGAACAUUUUAUGUUUUGUUUUUGGCUGCGUUUAAACCAAAGUUAUAGGUUAUAUGUUAGUAUAUGAUGCUGGAUCGUCAGGAUUCCUUGGAUACCUCAUGUUUAUUUUCUCUAAUUCACCAAAGGCUAUGGGGUAUAAUAAGUAGAGCUUUCCUAUGUAAUCUUUAUAUAUGCAGACUUGCUUAGUGACAGAAUUAUAUAUCCUUACUGAGCAGAUGUUUUUGCAAAGACUCAGCAAAACUAAUCAUUUAACUUGUGUAGUGAUUGCAUUGAGUAGAGACUACUGUGUAAAUACUGCAUAGUUUUCCUGAAUGCCUGUAUGUAGUUAGAUAACCUGAAUAUGAUGUAGUUAUGAAUGUUUGAUCUAUUCUGAAUGCAUAGUGAAAGAAUAUUAAUUAAAGGAAAAGUUUAC